CUGGAAAAGGGAAGAAAGUUACUCAUUCGCCUGAUACCACACGGUGAGUCCACAGGAGGGACUCAGGCGCAGCGCUGCAUGACAAGCUCACAGGGACGUGCCAGCAGCCACCGGCAGGACAGGCAGGCGCUGCAGGGCUGCCUCUGAGCGUGGUCCUGGGUCCCAGCUGAAGUGUUCCAAGGGAUCAAGCAUUUGCCUUCUGUUGCCUGCACCUGCCAGUGUCCCGUGCUAGGAGAGACAGCCAAAGGAGACCUUAGAGCCUGCAGAACCAUGGCUCUUCAUGGAAUAUGAAGUGUACCAGCUGCUACGUGGUUUUCUAUCUCUAACCCUGACAACUGACCAUGGCCCUGGAUUCACAGAAAUCCAACUGAUCCAACACACAAUGCAUCAACUUUUCAGAUUGGUUUUGGGACAAAAAGAUCUUUCAAAAGCUGGGGACCUCUUCUCUUUAGAUGAUGCUGAGAUUGAAGACAGCCUGACAGAAGCUUUGGAGCAGAUUAAAGUAAUUAGCUCAUCUUUGGAUUACCAAACUAAUAACAAUGACCAGGCGGUGGUUGAAAUCUGUAUCACAAGGAUUACCACAGCCAUCAGAGAGACAGAAUCCAUUGAAAAGCAUGCCAGAGCCCUGGUGGGGCUGUGGGAUUCCUGCUUGGAACACAACCUGAGACCUGCAGGGAAAGACGAAGAUACUCCACAUGCAAAAAUCGCCUCUGAUAUCAUGAGUUGCAUCUUACAGAAUUACAACCGGACCCCUGUGAUGGUCUUAGCUGUCCCCAUCGCAGUGAAAUUCCUCCACAGAGGCAGCAAGGAGCUGUGUAGGAACAUGUCCAACUACCUGUCCCUGGCUGCCAUCACCAAGGCGGAUCUGCUGGCUGACCACACUGAAGGGAUAAUAAAGAGCAUACUCCAAGGAAAUGCCAUGCUGUUAAGGGUGCUACCUGCUGUAUAUGAAAAGCAGCCCCAACCAAUCAACAGACACCUGGCAGAACUCCUGGCCUUGAUGUCUCAAUUGGAGCAGACAGAACAGUACCAUCUACUAAGGCUUCUGCACGUAGCAGCAAAGAGAAAAGAUGUGGAGGUGGUUCAGAAAUGUGUUCCUUUCCUGAUCAGAAAUUUGAAGGAUUCAACCUAUAAUGACAUCAUCCUAAACAUUCUCAUAGAAAUAGCAGGCCAUGAGCCACUGGCCUUGAACAGUUUCCUCCCGAUGCUGAAAGAGAUUGCAGAGCAAUUCCCCUACCUCACUGGACAGAUGGCAAGGAUCUUUGGUGCUGUUGGUCAUGUGGAUGAAGAGAGAGCCAGGAGCUGCCUACGAUACCUGGUGAGCCAGCUGGCUAAUAUGGAGCAUCCAUUCCACCAUAUUCUCCUGCUGGAAAUUAAGAGUAUCACAGAUGCCUUCUCCUCCAUCCUGGGCCCGCACAGCAGGGACAUCUUCCGAAUGAGCAACAGCUUCACCAACAUUGCCAAGCUCCUUUCCAGACAACUGGAAAACAGCAAGGCUGACAGUAGCAGGAGAAAAACCAGCACUGAAGUUAGCAUUCCUGAGAAACUGAGAGAACUCAAUUCCAUGGAGCCUGAAAGUGAAGACCAUGAAAAACUCCAAGUUAAAAUCCAAGCCUUUGAAGACAAAAUAAAUGCUGAGAGCAAUACCCCAGGCUCUGGCCGGAGAUACAGCUUAGACCACAUCUCUAAGGAAGAACGAAAAAGCAUUAGAUUUAGCAGGUCCAGAAGUUUGGCUUUGAAUACUGUGCUCACAAACGGUGUGAGUGUGGAAGAUAACGAAGUCGAAGAAAAGGCAGGAAUGCACGCCAGCAUCUCUCUUUCGCAAAUAGACCCACUCAGCCACGGGAUUGGCAAGUUGCCCUUUAAGACAGACACUCAUGGAUCACCACUGAGAAAUUCCUCAGCUUCACACCCAAGUAUUAUACAUACUGAACCAGAGACUAUGCCCGAAACUUUUAAAGAAAACAUCCAAGAAGAAAUUCUAGAGGCAGCCACAAGUCCUAUUGAAUACCAAGAUAAGCUCUACUUGCAUUUAAGGGAAAACCUCAGCAAAGUGAAGGCUUAUGCCUUGGAAAUCGCAAAAAAGGUCCCAAUCCCAGACCAGUGCACCAUUGAAGAUACUAUGAGAAGUUGCGUGGCAAAGCUGUUCUUUACCUGUUCUUUAAAGGGCCAUUACUGCCUAUACAGCAAGUCCAGCUUCAUCCUUGUCAGCCAAGCACCCCAGCCGUGGAUCCAGGUCAUGUUUCUCUCCCAACAGAGCCUGUUUCCUGAGCCCCUGUCCAUUCAGAGUGGGUCUGUGCAGUUCCUCAAAGCCCUAUGGGAGAAAACGCAGGACACGGGAGCGCACAGCUUUGAAGUCGCCAUGACAGAGUCCACCUUUCCACAGCAGAAGGAUCUGGAGCAGCUUCAGCUCCAUCUGGAAGAAGUGCGGUUCUUCGACGUGUUUGGCUUCAGUGAAACAGCGGGGGCAUGGCAGUGCUUCAUGUGCAACAACCCUGAAAAGGCAACUGUUGUAAAUCAAGAUGGCCAGCCUCUCAUCGAAGGAAAACUUAAGGAGAAACAAGUGAGGUGGAAGUUCAUCAAGAGGUGGAAAACGCAUUAUUUUACACUGGCCGGAAACCAACUUCUGUUUCAAAAGGGGAAAUCUAAGGAUGACCCUGAUGAUUCCCCGAUAGAACUCAGCAAGGUACAGAGCGUGAAAGCUGUGGCUAAGAAACGCCGGGACCGCUCUCUGCCUCGGGCGUUUGAAAUCUUCACAGAUAGUAAGACCUAUGUUUUCAAAGCCAAGGAUGAGAAGAACGCAGAGGAAUGGCUGCAGUGCAUCAACGUGGCGCUGGCCCAGGCAAAGGAGAGGGAAAGCCGAGAAGUAACCACAUAUCUGUAGCGAUUCGCACACCCGCUCUUAUGGCCAUGCAAGAUAAGCAUUGCCAGUGUCAACAAAGAGGAACCCACCAUGGCGCUAUUGGGUUUCACUAAAUACCAGGGAAACCAUUAUCCCUAAGGAGAGCCUAAAAUGGCAGGGUUCUCAGUAAACCUCACGCCCUCGCAACUCUGGUAUUAACUCCAAGUUUUCUGCCUGAAGUUCAUGAGAAAGAGAGGCCACGGAGUUCACAGUGGAUCGUGUGGGCCAGAAAGGGAACGCUGCGAAUAAAAGAACUUCUGUAGCUAUGUGAUUUAUGACUGUAAGAAAACAGUGAGUGGGGCCAGCAGGAAGGCUCAGCAGGUAAAGGGCACUUGCUGCCAAGCCAGAUUGCCUGAGUUCUAGCCCCAUAACUGACUUGGUGGAAGGAGAACUAACUCUUGGCGGUUUUCCUCUGUUUUCUGCAUGCCAUGGCACAUCUAUUUCCCCAGUUUAAAAAAGAAAAAGAAAUUAAUUAAUUAAUUAAUUAAAUUUUAAAACAACAGAGGCCUGAAAGAUCCAUCUUGAAGGAAAACUGUCACAUUAAAGACAUUUUUUAAUAUUUUUAUUAGGUAUUUUCCUCAUUUACAUUUCCAAUGCUAUCCCAAAAGUCCCCCAUACCCUCCCCCCACUCCCCUACCCACCCACUCCCACUUUUUGGCCCUGGCAUUCCCCUGUACUGGGGCAUAUACAGUUUGCAUGACCAAUGGGCCUCUCUUUCCAGUGAUGGCCGACUAGGCCAUCUUUUGAUACAUAUGCAGCUAGAGACAAGAGCUUAAAAACCAUUAGGAGCCAGGCAGUGGUGGCGCAUGCCUUUAAUCCCAGCACUUGGGAGACAGAGGCAGGUAGAUUUCUAAAUUCGAGGCCAGCCUGGUCUACAGAGUGAGUUCCAGAACAGCCAGGGCUAUACAGAGAAACACUGUCUCAACCCCCAUCCUUCAAAAAAAAAAAAAAUUAGGAAAAGUUGAACUAAGGUACAUUCAAGAAAACCAUUAACUUCAGUAUAUUAGUUAGCUUUCUGUUCCGUGGCAAAAUACCCUGAUGAAAAUAGCGUACAGGCGAAAGGAUUUAUUUUGUUUAUGGUUCCAGAGGGAUGGAGUCCAUUGUGUCAGGGAAUACAUGGCACCAGGCAGAAAAAGCACAGCAGCAAGAACAAGAUGCUGGCUGAUUCUUAUUUAGACCGAGGAAGCAGUGAAGGUGGGAAGUAGGGUGUGGUAAUAAACCACAAGGCCCACCUCCAUCGAUGUACUUCCUCUACCAAGGCUCCGCCCCCCCAGGGGCUCCGUAACUUCCUGAAGCAGUCCUACAAUGGGGCCACGCAUUCAAAUAUGUGAGCAUAUGGAGGCAUUAAAAUUGUUCAAUUAUUUAAAUUACCACACUUAAACAUUUAUCUUCUCAACACAGAAGAUGGCAGCACAUGUUACAAUGACUCUUAUUCCAGUUACAUAAUUAAAUUUAGGCUCUUAUUAGAGUGUAAAUUGGAUUUUAAUGUUUAGACACGUGGUUCUAUCUACUGUCUGAGGCAGUAAAAAAGAAUAAGAAUAGAAAGACACCUUUUCUUCUUUGUAAAUAUAUGCAUCACCUCCCUUAAAAUUGAAGAUUUUUUUAAUUAAAAUUCUGUGGUUUUCUUCUCUGUGUUAAGCGUUGUAGUGCCCAAAUUAUAAGCAUUUAUUGGUUUUUCCUAUUACCCUUAUAUAAUUUUGAAUUAAGCUGCCAUAGGCAGUUUAGGUGACAUCCAGUGACCUGUGCCCCGUAAUAAUGUUCUGCCCCUUGAGUGGUGGAGGGUGGGACCUGAAGCGUGCUUCUAACUUACAUAAUAUGGCAAAGGUGACAGAAUUGUCUCUCCUACAAUUGUGUUACAUUACAACGGAAAUUUUAAAAUUAACAGAUGAAUUAAGGUCUCUCAGAUGUCUUAAGUAAACUGAUACAUCCUGAAUAGCCAGGUUAUCAGCUAAGUUAUUUACGUCAGCCUCUCCUAGUGAACUUGAAUAAGCUGCCACGGAACUAUCGCUGCAAGGCAAGGAGUGAGCCUGUGCCAACAUCCACGUGACCCUGAACAACAGUGAGCCUCUCGGGAUCCAGCCCACCAUCACCUUGUUCGGAGCUAUGAGGUCCUCUGCUCAGAGGGCCGGGAUAAGAUGGAGUCCUGCCCCCACAGAAACUAUGCAGUAACAAUGUAUCCUGCUUUAAAUGCAAACCAUGUGGUGAUUUGUUAUGCACUGAUUAAUUCAUAUAAAACCCCGCUGGUAAUAUAUCAAAGAUAACUUUUUUCUGUAAAAUUUAUUUAUUAUGUAUUUUAGCAGAGAAGCCCAGAAAAGUUGUCACCGCGCUGACACUACAGUUAACUCACUGGCAUAGGAAAUGUAAAAGGGGUCAUACUUGAGCAAAGAAACUUAAUUCAAUUUUAACAUGUAAAGUUUGAGGAUAUUAUGAGCCACAGAAAUUAUUACACGCUGGAAAUAGAGUUCAAGAGGUCAAAUUUUGGGUCCACUGCAUAUGUAGGUAAUUGUGAAAGAAAUGGAAUUGGCUGAAUUACAUAAGAAAUGGAGAAUUGAAAAUGACCCCUUGGGAUAACAAUAUUUAGACAAAGGCAGGUUAGAUUAGCUGAUCAGUAUUCAGAGAUGAUGUAGCCCAGGAGACAUGAUAUUACAAAAGCUAAAUUAAGAAGGAUUUUCAGGAUGUCAGCAAUUUGAAGUCCUGAAGAUAGAACUUGACUUUCAUAAUUAGGAAGCAAUUGAUGUCACUAGUAAGAACAAUUUCAUUGGAACAAUGCAGUAAAAGUUAACUUUCGAUGUGCUGUAGUAAUCGACUGCUGGAUUUUAAUUUUUUAAAAGGUGGGGUUAAGGUGAAAGAGCAGAAUAGAUGAAUGGUUUCUUAUUUUGUUUUUAGGUGACGUCACCAUAAGAAAGAAGACAGUUUAAUAAAUAUAGACAAGGAAAGACAAGGUCAAGUUUGCUAAGUGUGAUAGAGAAUAAUUUUCAAGUUCUGUAUCCAGGGGCCGGAGAAAUGUUUCAAUCAUGAGAGAGCUUGCCUACACACAUCAGCCCCUGAUGUCAAAUCAGCAACACAUACAUGAAAAUCGCAGCAUGGCUUUGGGGGCCUGUAACUCUCCCUGCACUGGGAGUUGGAGGCAAGUACAUCCCAAGAGCUCCUUGGCCAUCAGUCCAACUGAAGUCAUGAACUUCUGACCAAGUGAGAAACUCCAUAUGGUAGUUUGGACAAGAAGGGCCCCCAUAGGCUUACCUAUUUGACCACUUGAUCUCCAGUUGGUGGAACUAUUCGGGAAAGAUCCGAAGGCGUGGUCUUGUUGGAGAAGGUGUGUCACUGGUGGGUGGGCUUUGAGGGUUCAAAAGCCCAUAGCGUUUCAAGUUAGCCACCCUACCACCUGCCUCUGCCACAUGGUUAUGCCUCAUGAUGCAUGCUCUCAACUACAGCUCCAGGACCAUGCCUGCCUACUGCCAUGCUCUCUGCCAUGAUGGAAAUAUAUUUAUCCUCUGAAACUGUAAACCUCCAAUAAACUCUUUCUUCUAUA